AUGGGGGAGAUUAGGAGACAUUCUGUAGAUGUUCCCAUCACAAGAACGCUUGUGGCUCUAAGAAGGGUUAGGUCACUUAGAGAUCCAUGUACCAAUUCAAUGAGCAAGUUUGCUUCUUUACUCGACAAUGUCAAAUGGGAAACUGGUUCCAACAAUGGGAUCUCACUGCAGUUUGUGAACAAUGUUGAAGAUGAGGGUAAGCUUGAUGAUGGUCCUCUGGGUUUGAUUCCUUUUGGGUCAUACUCGAUAAUGGAGGAGCUAGAGAAUGGUUGUGAUCUUCACAAGCUGAGUAGUAGGGUGCUAAAUGUUGAAGGAGACGCGUGUUCGAGGAGUAGUGAAAGAUCUUGUGGUGAUAUAUCGGUUAAAGGUAGGGAUUUGGAAUGUAUUGUGCCUUCAAUUAGUCAUGGUGAGGAUGCGGCUACAGGGCGACGUUAUGGAAGAACUCAUUAUUCCACAAAGGUAGGUAGCUCGGUUGGUGAAUCUGGAAGCCGUCUAGGUAGUCCGAUGACCUCAACAAAUCAUAGUUACGGAGAUGAAGAUGUAGAUUUUGUGGAUCAAUGUAACCGUGGUUGCGGAAUAACGUAUUGCUGGUCAAGAACACCAAGGUACAGAGGAUCAAAUCAUUCGUCUGAUGUAGAAGAGUUUCCUUUACUACCUGGAAAUGGUGAGAGUGAUGUGGGGACACCAAGUCCCAAAAUGUCGUCGAGGAGUCUAUGUCAGAAAUWCAAACCGAAAUCGUUCGAUGAGUUAGUUGGACAAGAAGUCYUAGUGAAAUGUCUUUUGAGCACCAUCUUGAGAGGAAGGAUUACUUCUGUUUACCUUUUCCAUGGUCCUCGUGGGACUGGUAAAACAUCGACAUCUAAGAUUUUUGCUGCUGCUUUGAACUGCCUUUCACAGGCUGCACAUAGCAGACCAUGUGGCUUGUGUAGUGAAUGCAAUUCGUACUUCUUAGGAAGCAGCAGGGACGUGAUAGAAAUGGAUUCGGUUAAAUUAAACCYUCCUAGCCACCUCAGAUCUCUCAUAAAAAGUGCAUCUUUGCCUCCAGUUUCAUCUAGAUUUAAGGUUUUUAUUAUCGAUGAGUGUCAUUACUAUCUCAAGAAACUUCGGAAAUAUCAUUUCUCUAAAGUAUGUGAUGAAGAAAUAUCGAAUAAGCUGGCCAAGAUUUGUUUGGAAGAAGGUAUUGAUUUUGAUCAGGGGGCAGUUGAUUUCAUUGCUUCUAAAUCUGAUGGUUCGCUUCGGGAUGCUGAGAUCAUGCUUGAUCAGCUAAGUUUACUCGGUAAAAGAGUAACGACAUCUUUGGCCUACAAACUUAUUGGGGUUGUUUCUGAUGAUGAAUUGCUUGAUCUGCUUGAUCUUGCCUUGUCUUCUGAUACAUCGAACACAGUGAUAAGAGCAAGGGAGCUUAUGAGAUCCAAAAUAGAUCCAAUGCAGCUUAUUUCCCAGCUAGCUAAUGUCAUUAUGGACAUCAUUGCUGGAAAAUCUCAAGAAAGUAGUUCAGCAACGAGACUUCGGUUUCUUACAAGGCAUACAUCUGAAGAAGAAAUGCAGAAAUUGAGUAAUGCACUGAAGAUACUAUCGGAUGCCGAGAAACACUUGAGAGCCUCGAAAAACCAGACAACCUGGCUUACUGUGGCGCUUCUGCAACUUAGCAACACUGACUCAUCUUCUAUCGCAACAAAUGAAAAUGAUUUGUGUUUAAGAAGCCAAGGAAGCAAAGACGUUGACCUCUCCAGCACAUCAUCGGAUUGUCCUGGUGCUGUCGUUAAAUCAGAAACCAGAAAGUGUGACGAGAACAACGGUAAAGAAACAGUUGAAACUGUGUGGAAAACGGUCACAGAUAUUUGUUGUUCAGAUUCACUAAGGAGAUUCUUGUCGAGGCGAGGGAGGUUGACUUCACUUAUUAUUGACAAAGGUGUGGCAAUAGCUGAAUUAGAAUUCUACACACCUCAACAUGUAACAAGAGCCGAGAAAUCAUGGAAAUUGAUUGCAGAAUCCUUCCAAUCCGUGUUAGGAUGUAAUGUUGAGAUCCGCAUGAAUCUUGUUAUCUCUGCAUGUUCUCCACCAAAGAGUGCCAAAGCAGCAGCAAGUCUAUUCUUUGGAAUAUUCAGUUGUUCUCGCAGAAUGCUACAAAAGUCGUAUCUGAGUACUCCUAGAAGUGACUCUGAUUGCGUAUCUGAAAAGCACGCAAUUACAAAUUCUCUGAGAAGUUGCCAAGGAAAUGUCUUGAGGGCUCAAAGUGUGCGUUCUUCAGGCAAUGCAUCUUCCCGAAUGAGCAGUGCCAGCGAUCAAGGCGAGGCAAAAUCUGCUAUGUGUACUCCACACUUGCCUUCCGGGGACAAAGGGCCAGAAGACGACGCUGAUGUCCUGUGUUGGAGGACUCCCCUAGGCAAGGGUCGGGGAGAGGCACAGAACAACAGGAGCUCACGGCUUAUCGGCCGAGUCCUGCCCUGCACUGCAGCUAGCUAG